CCAGAACUCAAAGUGCUUCGGUGGUUCACGUCGGAGGGGAGAGGAGACGCCCCAUCGCACACAUGGAGGAAAAAGAGAAAAAACGCUGCCUUUGGAAGUGAGGGGGAAUAAAGGAGACCGGAAACAUGGACUCGGAGUCGCUGGACGGUUGCAUUCAGAGUACGUUAUCAGCACUCUACCCUCCUUUUGAGGCUACCGCAGCCACUGUUCUGUGCCAAGUUUUUGAUGUGGUGGAGAAGACGUACCGUGGGGAUGGACUGCGCUACCUCAUAGACUUCCUGAUUCCGGCCAAGCACAUCCUACAGUGCAUUCAGCAGGAUGCCUGUGUUCAGUACUGUGGCUUGCUGUUUCGCCAUGAGGGCUGGCCCCUGUGUAUUCACGAGAAGAUUGUAGUCCAGCUAGCUUCCAUUGACUGGCGGAUCUUGAAGCCUGGUGACUUCUACCUGCAGGUGGUCCCCUAUCUGAAGAAGUCUCCACGAAUUGUAUUGAAAUGUUUGGCAAAAGACAAGCAUAAUGUAGAGGAAGUUGUGAUUCCAGAAGUUUCCUAUACCUCUAUUUUUACUCUGGAAUGGUUGAGUACUUUCAAUGGAGAGCGGAUGGGUAUAGCACUGGAAAAUUGUUUGCUAACCACUGAUGAUAAAAUAUUUCGUGUCCCCUGGGAUAAAGUGGUUAAUCCUGAAUUUAUAAAUAAACCAAAAAUAAUUGAAAACAAUAUCAUCUCUCCAGAAAUAAUAGAGGAACAUUCAAUUUUGUGCCUCCCUGUGGACCAUGCUGAGUGCAUUUCGCCAGACCUAGGAUCUCAGUAUCUACAGGAACAAAGUUCAGAUCAAGAUAGCUUGGUUGUUAGCAGCACAGCUCCGCAGUUGAGUGAAGCUCUUGUCAAUGGUGUCUGUACAAGUCCUGUUCCUCAAGAGGACUUGAAGAGUGACCUUGAAGGGGAGUACGUUGAGCUGACAGAAGUUUCGCUGCCCAGGUUUGGGCCACAGACAGGCUCUUUAACCCAAUCGCUAGCUUUAAAUUAUCUCACUCAGCCCAGAACACGAGUGAAUGCGUCUAAAGGCAAGCACAGGUUUAUUGUCAUUCAGGACAGUACCUACUCCAAGAACUUAAUUCAGUCAGCACUUAUGCAGAAGGAGCACUGUCAAAUGGACACUCUGAGGACUUCUGCAGAAGUUCUUAAAAAUGUAAUUCCGUUGGAAAGCAACAAAAUGAUGGCACAUGGAGAACUGUCUCCAGAAGGUCAGCUGAUAGCAGGUGGUCCUGGAAACAUGGGGAAUAGCUUUCCUGUGGCUGAGUCUCCUGCCUGCAGUGCAGAAGAUUCAUCAGUAGAGCAGGAGACCCGCAGCAAACACUCAAUCGAUUGGCGAUAUGCACUGUGCAGCUACAGCGACGUGUGUGCUGGUGAUGGUGUCAACUGCAAAGCACAAAUGCCUGGUGCUCCUGGAAAUGUGGAAGGAGAAAGUGAUGGUCCUAGUGGAAAUCCUGGUGUUGAAACAUCAGAGCAGAGCCCAGAAACAAUUCUAGAUGCUGCUCCUGCUAAAGAGGAGGUGAUGCUGAGAGGACAUGGAGAACCACUGACCAAGGGUCAAAAUGAGGUGACACAGAUGGAUUCCUCUCCUGUGUCUGUCCUGGGACCUUCGGGACCACGUUGCACACUGAAGGAAGGUUCUGAUGUUUCUUGCCAGAGUGUCAGUGAAAGUGUUGCGCCAGUCCAGGCCACUACAUUACUUAUCACGCCUGAGGCUUCAGAUGUAGGUGUGGAGAGAGGCUCUCCUUCUUCAGGGAACACGGCAGAUGUAAGAGCACUCAGCGCUUGCUGUAGUGAUGAGGAAGCAAAUCUUAGUUCUCCAUUAAAUCCUCCGGAACAGAACCAGGGAGAAGUAGAUGAAUUCGAGCUGGGAGGAAGGGACAGCCCUGAGGAAGUCAAAGAGAUUGAACAAAUAUUGACUGUAAAUGAGAAUCGGACUAGUCAUAGUCACUGUUCUGCCAAAGCUCCUACAGAUGGACUCUUGUCAGAUGGUGAAGAGCAAGAGGUCUCUGCAUGUCAGCAUAAGAAAGCUGAAGAAGCCAUACUACUCCAGACUGCUCUGUCAGCAGAGGGUGAUCAGAUGGCAGAACAGUUAAAUAAUGGUGACUCUUUGAUGGGCCCUGAUGCAGAACUACAAGGCUCAAGUCAACUCAGAACCCAGAGGUCUGGAGAGAGGUGUCAGGAAGCACAAAGACAGGCAGAAAACCAGGGCCAUGAAAGUGAAGAGAACUCUGUGCUGAACCUAGAGCGUGUUGCAGUACAGGACUUGCAGGGAGGGGAGGAGAACCAGGGAAGUUUUUCUUAUGGGGAAAAGUCAAAGACUAUAGCCUUAAAAACACUGGAAUCCAUUGAAGAGGAACUGGAGGUUGGACCACUGUCCUCAGGACCCACUGAGGGGCAUACAGAGCCUACCACUCUGCACUCCCACCAAGAGGCAGCUUCUGGGGCAUCAUCUCCUAAAGGGAUGGUGUCAGAAGAGGCAGAGAUGAGAAAAGAAGCAAUUGGCACAGAUGUGUUGAAAGCAGUGAGAAAAGUCAGUGCCCUGGAGGAAACCUCAACAGCUAUUACUCCCCCGACAUCCCCAGCGCCUGGGAGUGCCUGGGGUGGUCGGUCUGCACCUACCAUAGUCAAGGAUGUGAACCCAGAAGUGCUCAGGAGCGGAGUCGCCUGCCUGCCUGGUACCAGAGAUAAAUCGGGACGUGCAGUGGCCAUAAUAACAACAAGGAACACAGCCUGGUUAAACCCUCACUGCAACACCACUGAGCUUGUACGCCUUCUUCUGUACUUGCAUAGCAUCCCAAGACCAGAAUGUCAGGCUUUGGGUCUAACUGUUCUUGUGGAUGCUCGUCGCUGUUCACCGGUUCCUGCUCUCUUCAAGGCGUUCAGCAUAUUGCAGGACAUGGAUCCUCAUUGUAUUCAUGGAGUACUGCUUCUGGUUGAGAGAGAUCUGACUUUUCGGAUGGAGAAGCCACCAGCAGGACAGUUUGAACUUCUCACCUCCAUGAAAUCCCUCCAUAAGCACAUAGACAGCUCACAGCUGCCUCUAGAACUGGAUGGGACCUUCCCUUAUUGCCACCGGGACUGGUUAAGCUUCCGCAUGAAGCUGGAACAUUUGCUACAAAGAUGCCAAGGUGCUUGUGCCUUCCUCCAGGGAGCCAUUCAUAAAGUGGAAUCUGGAAAAUUACCAGAAGGAGCUGAGGAGGCAGCUGUGCUGCUGAGGAAUUACAGGCAGUUGAUGAAGAACGUUCUUGAAGACGCACGGCUGGUCAGGCUGCAGCUGGAGGGUGGAGCGCUCCUGGCCAGGCUGAGGAAGGAGGAGUCUUGUGUCACCCUCACUCAUGACUACAGAGACGCGCUUGAUGCUGCCAGCGUGCUUUAUAAUCGAGUUGAUGAGGGUGUUCACCGACUGGUGAUGCUGUCGAACAAACGCAUCCAGGAACUGGAGCUGGUGAUGGAGUUCGAGAAAGUGGAAGAAUGUUUUAAGGAGGUCAGCAGUUGGAUCGAGAAUGUUGGCAGAAGGCGGCUAAAAGAAACAGUCAACCUGGACGAUUCUUUGGAGAUGCUGCUUCAAGCACAAAAGCAGUUCAGGGAGUUUGAUCUUGUUGCCAGUGAAUACUGCAGAAGGGGGCAGGAAGCACUAAAGAAGAUGGAUCGAUGGGAAGACUUUUCCUCUGUGGAUGUACAUUCUUACAGGGUAAAGCUGCAGACCUACAAAGAUCAACUGGAAGAGUUCUGCACUCAACUGGAUGAGAACAGGCAUCGAAUCUGUGAGACGGUCAGGCUGUAUGAAUUCUUUGACAAGGCGUACGAGUGGGCCUUGGAAGGGAUGAGACACCUUGCCUGCAUCAGCAUGGAGGACUGCAGCUCCGCCGAACACUGUGCAGGUGUGAUCAAGUGCCUGGAGAGUUACAAGGGGCAGCACCCGGACAUCAGCGAUGCCCGAUUCCAGGAGAUGAAGGAGCUGGCUUGUGAGCUGAAGAGUGACAAGGGACUCAAGCAGUGGAAAUUUGCAUGGUCCAAAUGCCAGGAAACCAAGCUGGUUUUUGAAAAGAAACUCGAAGCAGCCUUGAGAACAAGGCGGUCUCUGCUGUCAGACCGAAAACCAGCUGCGGGGGAGCAGCCCCGAGCUGGCAGCGAGGCCAGCAGUCUGUCCCACCGGAGGCACUCUGAGGGGGCCACCUCCGGGUCCCACUGGGACAGGACUUGCAGUGCCUCCCACUGCUGCAACCGGCCCAGCCGCUCUUCGGGGUGGACUAAGGAGAAAGCUCCCUCGCCCUCCCUGAGCUGCCCUGGCGACGUCAGUGCUGGGGAAGAAUUUGUCUGCCAAGCUGCUCUCAGCCCUGGUCCUCACUCAAGCAGAAUUUCUUUUGCCAGUGGGGCCUCCAAGUCUCCAAAGCUACCUGAAGAAAAGCCAAACCUGGAGAGCAUAUUAGAAACCCUGGAGGUGAAGCCAUCCUGCACCUCCACUCCAGCCUCUGGGAAGCCACCUCCCAGGAGGAUGCUCCGAAAGGCCCAAAGCUUUGACCUCCCCUGUGGUGAGAGCCUGUGGUCAGGUUGCCAGAGGACGCUGAGCGAGCCGGCCAGAUACGGCAACACGGGCGUCUUUAUUAAGGGGCUGGAGGUGAGCAGCACUGAGUUGGUGGACAGGACUUUUGCCCUGCGGCAGCAAGCUGCUCACAGCUGGGCUGCGGACUGCCUGCUGGAGGGACAGAGGGGCUGCCUCUCUGUGUCGGAAGCCAAGAGCUGGGGCAGCAAGUUGCGGCACAUCAUUGAUGAGAUGGUAACCACGGAACGGGAAUACGUGAGGUCGCUUUGCUACAUCAUCGAUAGCUACUUCCCUGAGAUGGAGCGCCUCGACCUCCCCCAGGACCUGCGUGGGAAGCGCAGCGUCAUUUUUGGGAACCUGGAGAAACUCUACGACUUCCACAGCCAGUAUUUCCUCCGAGAGCUUGAGAGCUGUUGCAACCACCCGUUGCGGGUCAGCCACUGUUUCCUCCGACACAAAGACCAGUUUGGGAUGUACGCGUUGUAUAGCAAGAACAAGCCGAAGUCAGACUCACUGCUGGCCAGCCAUGGGAAUACCUUCUUCAAGUUUAAGCAGGUGCAGCUUGGGGAUAAGAUGGACCUGGCCUCCUACCUGCUGAAACCCAUCCAGCGGAUGAGCAAAUACGCCCUGCUGCUGAAGGACCUGAUCAAGGAGUGCAGCGAGGCACAAGAGCAGGAGCUGGGCUACCUCCGUGCGGCUGAGGAGAUGGUGAAGUUUCAGCUCCGGCAUGGAAAUGACCUGCUGGCCAUGGAUGCUAUCCGCGACUGUGACGUGAACCUGAAGGAGCAGGGGCAGCUGGUGAGGCAGGACGAGUUCACCAUCUGGCUGGGCCGUAGGAAGUGCCAGCGACACGUCUUCCUCUUUGAGGACCUGAUCCUGUUCAGCAAGCCCAAGAGGAUCGAGGGAGGCUUUGAUGUGUAUAUCUACAAGCGCUCCUUCAAGACUGCAGAUAUCGGUCUGACGGAGAACUCUGGAGACAGUGGCCUGCGCUUUGAGAUCUGGUUCCGAAGGAGAAAGUCCAGCGACACCUACAUCCUCCAGGCCAGCUCAGCCGAGACUAAGCAGGCCUGGACCAGUGACAUUGCCAAGAUCCUGUGGCAGCAGGCAGCCCGCAAUAAAGAAAUCCGUAUGCAGGAGAUGGUCUCCAUGGGUGUGGGCAACAAGCCGUUCCUGGAUAUCAAACCCAGCGAGGCAGCUAUCAAUGACCGUGCUAUCGAUUACAUCAUGAAAGGCAGAGGCGCCAGGACCAGAGCAUCAAUUGCGGUGUCUUUGUUUGACCAUUCCAACCCGUACAAGAGGACCCCGGCGCAGCUUUCUGCUGGCAGCACCCCCGCCGCGUACAGCCCUUCCUCCUCCUCCCUGCUGGGGCCCCUCAACCUCCACAUGUACCUGGACCAGGCUCUGCUGCCAGGUGUCCUGGCCCCCCACCGCCCCUUUGACAUCGGCACCUGCAUUGAGGAAGACGAGCUGGAGCACGAGACGAGCAGCCAGCCCUCACUGACAACAGAGAGCUCAGAGUCAUCGCACUGCAUGUCAGGCAGCGGCUCCAGUGGCUCCGACAGUGGCUGUGUCUCCAGCAUCCCGCAAGAAAGCUUCUGUGAAGACAUGGGCUCACCCCCCUACAUGCCCCUGGGCUCACAACACAGCUCUGCGAUGGAGGAGAAACCCAGGUUCACAAACAGCCAGUACAUUUCUGCAGUAAGUGCAAGUGGCCAAAAUACUCUCUUCACUUUGCCUGUUCCUGCAACGGCCUCCCCGGUUCAAGCCACUGCCUCUUGCGGGGGGACUGAAGAUGCUGCUUUUGGGCUAGGAGUCACUGUGGGGAAGUGACCUUUCCUCUUGCAGAGACUUGCCUCCUCUGGGGCAGGCGAAAGCCCCCCGGUUGUGAGAGCCUCCCCUGCAGUGGCCGAGAUCCCCGAGGAGAUGCACUGAAAAGGACCUGCAGUGCUGGAGGCUGCGCCAGGAGGGGAUGCUGCACAUGCAGGAGCUUUAAUGCUGUUGUGGGCUGGGGUACAUACAUAACCUCCUGGGAUGGAUGGAGCUCUGCUGCAGAUGCUGCUAAGCUCCUUUCCUGGGAGGUUUGGGCCUUUUUGGGGGAGUGAUGAGAUAAAGGAGCGGGAGCCUGUCGCUCUGAGAUGUCAAUGUGUCUCCUCUUAUGUUCCUGAGAGUUCUCAGCCGCUUCCCUUCCCACUAGAUCGUGUCCUGAUGCUGUUGUCCUCUAACCCUGUACUAAUGCUGGCUUCUCUCCUCUGCAGAAAGCAGGCCAGGUCACCAUAAGUCCCUCGACAAUA